AAAUUGAUGUCAUUCGUUUUGACGAUUUCGUACGAAGAAUUAAAUAUCAUUUUAUUAACUUCUUCUGACUUCAACCAUGGGCAAAUUCAAAGUAUAUCUUUUGGUUUUUUUAUUAAUCACAGGAUCAAGAUUGAAUACGUCUGCACGUGCAGCGUUAUGUGAUCCAAUGAUUAAACCUUGUUUGACAGGUAGUUGUAUGCCAUGCGAUUUUAAAAAAGAACAAUCGAUUGAUGAAGACGACUGUAUGAAUCCGAAUGGAUGCCCGGAAGUCACCAAAAUAAAACUCGAACCACCGUCCUCGGACCUCCUAAUGCGCCAACCACUACUCUUCUCUAAUCAGAUGACUACGUGCUUGUUUUAUUUCUGGAAUAUGUGUCCAUUUUAUUGGAAUACGUUAAUGAAUACUGCAUAUCCACAAGAAGAGUAAUGAAGAUAUAUUACUGUCUGUUGUCAUUCCUACCUAAAAGAGCAAAAUCUAUUUAUUUUAUUUAUCUUUUUCUUUUUAACAACGGGAUAAAAAUUAAAAAUUAUA